CCUCAGCUGUAUGUGAACUGCUAGUUUCCACAAACCUUUUGCAUUUCAUUUGCACUGAGGUGGCGUUUUGUAGCUGUUUGAUUAUUUACAACGGUUAAAAUGGAGAAGGAAAAGCCACAGGACGGCGGUAACAACUCCAAAAACCAGGGAGAAGAAGACAAGUAUGGCUGGCUACUUGGAAAGGAGAUGAUCAAGACACCAUCCACACCUAUGGACAGCAAUGUCCCACUGACAAGCCAGAGCAGCAUUGAGCAUGAUGGCGUUUUCUUCAGUGCCACAUUCACAAGAGACAAAGUGUUUAAAGCUGUAUCACAGGGAGACACAGCACAGCUCCAGGGACUGCUUCCUUACCUGCAGAUGAACAACAAACGACUCACAAGUCCAGACUUCAUAGAUGAGACAAAUGGGAAAACAGCACUACUGAAAGCACUGCUGAACCUCAAAGAUGGCAAAAAUGACACCAUCAAGGUUCUCCUCGACAUAGCAGAGACAACUCAGGAUUUGGAGGCACUAAUAAAUGCGUCUUACAGGGAUCCGACUUACAAAGGUCAAACUGCUUUGCAUGUUGCUAUUGAGAGAAGGAGUUUGGACCUUGUUAAAUUGCUGGUCCAGAAAGGAGCAGAUGUGCAAGCUAAAGCCAGCGGUACAUUUUUCCAGAAUGACGGGAGACUGGGCUUUUAUUUUGGGGAGCUGCCAUUAUCACUGGCCGCAUGCACGAACCAACCAGACAUUGUGUCCUUUCUCAUGGAAAACCCAUACAGAAGAGCUGACCUGACGGACAAAGACUCACAAGGAAACACUGUGUUACACGUCCUAAUAACCGUUGCUGAUGACACAAGCGAAACCACAGAGAUGAUUUCAAAGAUCUAUGACCAAAUCCUUGUGAAACACAACAAGAUUGGGGAAAAAAGCCAAAUCCAGCUGGAGGAAAUUGAAAAUAAUCAAGGUCUGACUCCUUUGAAAUUGGCUGCUAAGCUCAGCAAGAUUGGGCUCUUUCGACACAUGCUGAAUCGCGAGUUCAUGGACGAGGAGACCCGGCUGCUGUCGAGGAAGUUUACAGAGUGUGUUUACGGACCCGUUCAUUCUUCACUUUAUGACACGAGUUCCAUCGACACCAGCGAGUGCAACUCUGUGUUGGAGAUUAUUGUCUAUGGGAAUGAAAUUCCAAAUCGACCGGAGAUGAUCAAGCUCGAGCCUCUGCGCAGUCUUCUUCAGGACAAGUGGGAGAGAUUUGCCUCCAAAUUGUUCCUCCUGAACUUCUUGUUCUACUUGAUAUACCUUGCCAUCUUGACGACUGUGGCUUUCUACAGAAAGGAUGGUCAGCCCCCGUUCCCAGUAGAAAAUCGCCCAUCUGACUAUCUUCGUUGUGCUGGAGAGCUUAUCAGUGUCCUCGGAGCUGUGAGAUUAUUUUAUAAGACGAUCACCAUUUUCCACAAGAACCCACCACACCUCAAGUCGCUGUUUACCGACGGCUUCAGUGAAAUUCUGUUUUUCCUGCAGGCCGCCCUCCUCCUGUGCUGCACACUUUUGUACUUCUGUGGACGCAGGGAGUAUGUCAGCCUCCUCGUUCUGUCACUGGCUCUGGCUUGGAUGAACGUACUCUAUUACACUAGAGGAUCUAAGCAACUGGGGAUGUACAACGUGAUGAUGCAAAGAAUGAUCCUCAGUGAUCUGUUUCACUUUUUAUUUGUCUACUGUGUCUUACUUUUUGGAUUUUCUGCAGCGGUGGUUACUCUCAUGGACGGCUCACCUACAGCUCACAAUGAUACCCAGGCAAGAGGAAGGACCUCUCUAGUGGAGACAGUCUUGUGCAACAAGCCCAGUUACAAUGACAUCGGUUUUACAACGCUGGAGUUGUUCAAGUUCACCAUUGGAAUGGGAAAUCUGGAAUUCACCGAUCAAGUUCAGUACAAAGAGGUUUUCUACAUCCUUCUCAUCUGCUACAUCAUUCUGACUUACAUCCUGAUGCUGAACAUGCUCAUCGCACCGAUGGGGAACACGGUGGAGCGGAUCUCAGAACAAAGCGAAACCAUCUGGAACCUUCAGCGAGCCUUUACAAUUCUUGACAUGGAGAGGACUCUGCCACUGAGGCUGAAGGACAAGAUCCAGUCAAAGGUUUCAAAGAUGGUGUGUUUACGAUCCGGACAGGGACGGAGUCGUAAAUUUGUUCGGGUGACUGAAAUCAACUGGGAGAAAUGGAAGUCGGCUCUCGGGUUCAAGCUGGAAGAAGAGCAUGAAAAUGAAACCAUGUCCUCUGAGACCAACGAGAGGGAAUCUGGAACUCCAUGGAGCUUCAAUGGUUUCCUCCAGAGAAUCCGCUCUAGACGUGGCCAGCAGCAGCAGAACACUGUUGUUUAGAGCGCCAUGAAAUGUGAACAUUGAGCUGUUGAGGAACACUAACCCUAACUUAAUGUGAUAAUAAAACAAUCCCAUCUGGUGAGUUGAUGAGUUCUAACUCAAACUUGCAAUAAUUUAAUUUAGUGAGAGAUUUCCAAACUUUUCUCGGGGUACUUCUUCCUACAGUCCGAAAACACGCUUCACAGGUUAGGUGGUAUCUCAGAGUUGUCCCAUGUGAGUCUGUGAAUGUGUGGCCAUACUGGCAGUCUGUUCAGAGUGUAAACAGUAGCUGGGUUGGUUCAGAAGCCCUGUGACCCUGGAAAAGGAUUCAGCAGGUUCUGGAUGGAUGAAUGGACUGCUCUGGAUGCCCUGUUGAACACAACUGUGGAUUUAAUGCAUUUCAAACAUGAUUCGUGGCUGAAUCUCCUGAAUAAAGAGUCACAUGCA